AUGCGGCAGCAAAACCACAAAUAUCACGAGUCACUUACCGGCGGCGGCGGCGGCAGGCACCAUUUUCGCAAGCGGCGGCGGCACGACGUGUUCAUAAGCUUUAGGGGUUCCGACGUGCGGAACACAUUCGCAGGUCAUCUGCGCGCCGCGCUCCGCAGAGAAGGCCUCAGGUCGUUCUCCGACCGCCGCGACCUGCCACGUGGCCAGAAUUUGACGGAAGCGAUCCCACGCGCGAUCCAGCGGUCGAGGGUCUCGGUGGUGGUUCUGUCCCGGAACUACGCCUCGUCGGAAUGGUGCUUGGACGAGCUCGUCACCAUUAUGAGCUGUUGCAGCCGCGCCGGCCACGUGGCCAUCCCGAUCUUCUACCAUCUGUCUCCGAACGAUGUCGUCUCCGGCUGCUACAAGGAGGACCUGGAUCGGCACAAGCGUGAUUUUACUUACGAGAGAGUCGACGGCUGGAUUCGGGCGCUGGCUUGGGUCGCCGGUGUCGCCGGUUGGGUCGUUCCCGCUGCUGGCCGGUCUGAAGCGCGACUUGUGAAGAGAAUUGCUAAAACCAUCAGACAGAAGGAGCGAGAGCCCUGCUCCGGUACCGAGAGAGUUCCGCCGGCGGGCGUCAUAAGGAAGAACAUGAAUCCGAGUAUUACGAACCGCAAAAUUGACGAGUUCCCUUCCGGUAGCGGCAGCAGCAACGAUCGGCGGCCCCACGACGUGUUCAUAAGCUUCAGGGGCUCCGACGUCCGACACACCUUCGUGUCUCAUCUCCGCGCGGCCCUCCGCAGAAAAGGGGUCAGGUCGUUCUCCGACCGCCGCGACUUGCCGCGCGGGGAGAAUCUGAAGGAAGCGAUCCCACGUGCGAUCGGGCAGUCGAGGCUCUCCCUCGUGGUUCUGUCCCGGAACUACGCCUCGUCGGAAUGGUGCUUGGACGAGCUCGUCACCAUCACGAGGUGUUGUAGUAGUACUGCUGCGGUCAGCCGCCGCCACGUGGCUAUCCCGGUCUUCUACCAUCUGUCGCCGGAGGAGGUCUUCAGCGGUGGAGGCUGCUACAAGGAGGACUUGGAUCAGCAUAAGAGCAGGUUUACUUACGACAGAGUCGAUGGCUGGCUUCAGGCGCUUGCUUGGAUCGUUCACAUCUCCGGAUGGAUGGUGCCGGCUGACGGUGGCGAGUAA